AUGGCAGACUUCAACUGGGACACUCCCAUACUCUCGCGCUCGCUGCUAACAUCAACCCCCGACAGUUCAGAUCAAAACCAACGGCGCAUCCCAGAAGAGAAAGGCCCCUUUGGCAAGGCACGAAAACGCGGUACUUCACGAGCAAAGACACCAUUGGGCGCCAACAAUGCAGCCGACGAAGCAAGACUCCAUAACCAGCGCGCAGAGGACGAUAUAUUCGGCCGUUUCAAAGCAGAGGAAGACAAGAGGCGCUCAGUAUCUGCGCGGCCGUCCACCGCGCUACCCUCAUCAGCUUCGGCGCCAAAUCUCAUAGACGCGAGCAACGGACUGGGCAACUCUUUCGCCGCAGGCGCGUCUACCAACGCUACUUUCGCACAAGAACCCAAGGAGGUCAUACUAUACGGCUUCGGCGCUGAGCAACAAUGGGCCGCGAUAGCACACUACGAGAAGGUUUCUAACGGGAUGAUCUACGAAGAAUACGAUCGGGAGCCGCCCAACCCCAGACUCGGAUAUAGUUUGGCUGCGCAACGCUCAUCGUACUACCCAUCUUUGGAACCGAAAUACAUGGCAAGGAUCAAGACAUAUAUAGGAGGUAAUCACUGGGUCAAGGUUACCUUUGAGAGUGCGGAAGCUGCCGAGCGCGCUUGCCACUACAGCCCAAAGAAUAUUCAUGGCUACACAGUAUAUGCGGAGAUGUACAGGGGAACAGAACCGCAAGGUGGCGACAGACCGUUACGCGCAGAAGGAGGAAUGUCACAGAUCGCAUCACCUAAUACGAUAUCUUCAGGGACCCUGGGACUACGCGGCGCAUCGCAGUCUUCCGCAACCGCUUCCUCAGCCACAGCCGCAGCUCCCCAACCUACAGCAUCGCAAGCACUCGCAUCACGACCAAAUACUGAACCAGCCUGGCUACGUAGCACGACUGGCGCCUUCCCAAGCUACCUCGACGAAAUGCCCAUUGAGCCCGCUCAACCACAGGAAUCACACCAAGCUCUCGACCCAAAUACCGUUCCUGCACACACAACAACCACAGCAUUAAACCCCCGCUCUCAACGCGCAACCCUACGACUGAAAGGCGCAAAUGUAAAACCCGUCGUAUUCCUCCCACAAGAAAAGGCUUUCCUCCCCGCGAAACCUCGCUGGCAGCAAACGUUUGGCUCGUUACCUGUCAUCGGUUGGGUGAUUGGUUCGGGACAGGGUAUCAUCGGUGAUCAUGUGCCGAGAAAGGAGGACGGAAGUUUUGAUAUGAACAGUGCGAGUUUGUAUUGGCGGGUGUGGUAUAUGGUGGAUAACUGCUUCGGCAGCGACUUUUGUGGGGUCAGAGAUGCGGAGUACGAUGAGUAG